UCGAGUUCAAGCUGUGCUCCGAGCUCCAGGCCCAUGGGUCCCGGCACAGCGCUCCAGCAGGCAACAUGGCUGUCCUUGGAGUGCAGCUGGUGGUGACGUUGCUCACUGCCACCCUCAUGCAUAGGCUUGCACCACACUGCUCCUUCGCGCGCUGGCUGCUCUGCAAUGGCAGUCUCUUCCGAUACAAGCACCCUUCCGAGGAAGAGCUUCGGGCCCUGGCGGGGAAGCAGAGGCCCAGAGGCAGGAAGGAGCGGUGGGCCAAUGGCUAUAGUGAGGAGAAGCCGUUAUCCGUGCCCCGAGACACCCCUUUCCAGCUGGAGACCUGUCCCCUCACAGCCGUUGAUGCCCUCGUCCUGCGCUUCUUCCUGGAGUACCAGUGGUUUGUGGACUUCGCGGUGUACUCGGGUGGCGUGUACCUCUUCACAGAGGCCUACUACUAUGUGCUGGGCCCUGCCAAGGAGACCAACAUCGCUGUGUUCUGGUGCCUGCUCACCAUCGCCUUCUCUAUCAAGGUGUUCCUGACCGUGACCCGGCUGUACUUCAGUGCAGAGGAGGGGGGCGAGCGCUCAGUCUGCCUCACCUUCGCCUUCCUCUUCCUCCUCCUGGCCAUGCUGGUGCAGGUGGUGCCGGAGGAGACCCUUGAGCUGGGCCUGGAGCCAGGCCUGGCCAGUAUGACCCAGAAUUUGGAGCCACUUCUGAAGACACAGGGCUGGGACUGGGCUCUUCCUCUGGUCAAGCUGGCCAUCCGCGUGGGGCUGGCGGCAGUGGGCUCCAUGCUGGGUGCCUUCCUCACCUUCCCAGGCCUGCGGCUGGCCCAGACCCACCAUGAUGCACUGACCAUGUCGGAAGACCGGCCCAUGCUGCAGUUCCUUCUGCACACCAGCUUCCUGUCCCCCCUGUUUGUCCUGUGGCUCUGGACCAAGCCCAUGGCGCGGGACUUCCUGCACCAGGCUCCCUUUGGGAGCACGUCCUUUUCUCUGCUGUCCGACUCGGCCUUCGACUCGCUGCGUCUCUGGAUGCUGGUGGCACUGUGCCUGCUGCGGCUGGCGGUGACCCGGCCCCACCUGCAGGCCUACCUGUGCCUGGCCAAGGCUCGAGUGGAGCAGCUGCGGCGGGAGGCCGGCCGCAUCGAGGCCCGAGAGAUCCAACGGCGGGUGGUGCGGGUGUACUGCUACGUGACAGUCGUGAGCCUGCAGUACCUGAGUCCGCUCAUCCUCACACUCAACUGCACGCUGCUGCUCAAGACGCUGGGCGGCUACUCCUGGGGCCUGGGCCCCGUCCCCCCGCUGUCCCCCACCCCGUCCUCAGCCCGCGAUGGCCCGGUCGGCCCCGAGGAGGAUGAGGCCCAGCAGAUCGUGGCCCUGAUCGCCGGGGUCCUGGGCAGCUUGCUCACGCCACUCUUCCUCCGCGGCGUCCUCGCCUUCCUCAUCUGGUGGAUCGCCACCUGCCAACUGCUCUCCAGCCUCUUCGGCCUGUACUUCCACCAGCAUCUGGCGGGCUCCUAGCCCGCCUGCAGACACUCCUGCGGCCCCAAGGUCUGGUCCUGGUCCAGCGGGGCGCGGGCCACCCCCUCUGUGUCCCCAGGUGCAAGGUGGUCCUGGGAGUCCCAGAUGCGUCCGCUGUGCCAGUCCCCUUCACUGCAUGCCUGAGCCGUGGCCACGCCUUGGACCCUGAGCUUCUGUCUAGAAACUGAUUCCCCAGGCCCAGAGGCAGAGGGUCCCACGGCCAGCCAUUGUUCCCAGAUUGCACGUGCCCAGUUUGACUGCAGUGGCGGUGGGCAUGGGGGUGGGAGGGGGCACUAUUCUGAACAAAUAAAGGAGCAAGCCACUUUUUUUUUUUAAUUAAUUCAAUUAAUUUAUUUUUGGCUGCUUUGGUUCUUUGUUACUGCGUGCGGGCUUUCUCUAGUUGCGGCGAGUGGGGGCUACUCUUUGUUGUGGUGUGUGGGAUUCUCAUUGCAGUGGCUUCCCUUGUUGCGGAGCACGGGCUCUAGGCGUGUGGGCUUCAGUAGUUGUGGCGCGUGGGCUCAGUAGUUGUGGCUUGCGGGCUCUAGAGCGCAGGCUCAGUAGUUGUGGCACACGGACU